AUGAGCAGCAACAGCAGCAGCAGCGGCGGCAGCGAUAACAGCACCAACGCUGCCGCAGUGUUCGCAUUCUAUCGAUAUGACCCCAGCAUGGCUGGUGCAGUCAUCUUCACAUUACUCUUCGCAAUUACAACGAUAUGGCAUAUUGUCCAGCUAUGGCGGACUCAAACAUGGUUCUUUAUUCCAUUUGUGGUAGGAGGCAUCUUCGAAAUUAUAGGCUACAUCGGCCGAGGACUUUCAAGUCACGAAUCGCCCAACUGGACCCUGGGCCCUUACCUCCUUCAGACCUUAUUCCUCCUUCUUGCUCCCGCCCUCCUCGCCGCAUCAAUCUACAUGCUUCUCGGCCGGAUCAUCCUGAUCCUGGACGCAGAAUCCCACGCCAUCCUCCGCAAAAAAUGGCUAACCAAGGUCUUCGUCACCGGAGACGUCCUCUCAUUCUUCCUCCAAGGCGCGGGAGGCGGAAUCCAAGCCAGCGGCAGCCUCUCCGGCAUGCAAACCGGCGAACACAUCAUCGUCGCCGGGCUCCUCGUGCAGAUCUUCUUCUUCGGCUUUUUUAUGGUCACAGCCGGCGCGUUCGAUCGUAAGCUGAAGAAAUACCCCAUCCCGCGGUGUCGCGAUCCGUCCGUCCCCUGGCGCAAGCAUCUCAAUAUCAUCUACCUCAGCAGCUUUCUCAUCAUGGUGCGGUCUGUCUUCCGGUUGGUCGAAUACCUGCAGGGUAACGAUGGGUAUUUGUUGCAUCACGAGGUCUUCCUGUAUAUCUUCGAUGCGGUGCUGAUUUUCUCCGCGAUGGCGGUGUUUAACUUCUUUCAUCCGAGUGAGAUAACCCAUUUGUUGCAAGGUGCGGGUGAUAAGUAUGGUGUGUGA